AUUGGAAAUUGUAGUAUUCCUCGCGGACAAUCGACGGUGCUUCUCACGCGCUCUACCAAUGUAUUCCGCCAUUAAAGCCUGAACCUUAGUCUUCUUCCUCACAGUUCCUUCCCUUCUUUGCCGUUCUACGAAAUUCAAUUCAAUUCACAUUCACAUUCACAGCUUCCAUUCUCUCCAACAAUGGCGCGAAAAUCUUCUCUCCUCAAGCGAACCCUAGCUUCUCUCUGCUUUAUACUUGCCCUAUAUGCCAUCAUCAACACCUUCAUCAGCUCCACCGCUACUCUCAAGCUCGACCGUUCCUUCCCCUUCAGUUCUGCCAAUUCCGUCAUCGUCUCCGAUGAAUUUUCUUCCCAGGACACUGAUCUUCUCAAUUCUUCUGGGAAAUCCCUCUCCCCGGUCAAGAUUUACCUCUACGAUGUCCCCACUAGGUUUACGUACGGUGUUAUUGAGAACCACGGCAUAGCUCGCGGUGGAAAACCCGUCCCUGACGUCACCGACCUUAAGUAUCCUGGUCAUCAGCAUAUGGCCGAGUGGUUUCUGUUCACGGAUCUGCUUCGACCUGAGUCGGAGCGUAUUGGGUCUGCUGUGGUUAGGGUGUUCGAUCCAGAGGUGGCGGAUUUGUUCUAUGUACCCUUCUUCUCGUCUUUGAGCUUGAUCGUCAACCCUAUCCGACCUGCAACCGGGUCGGAUCAGCAGCAGCGGAAGCUUGUGUACAGUGAUGAGGAGACGCAGGAUGCCUUUAUGGAGUGGUUGGAGAAGCAAGAGUACUGGAAACGGAGCAAUGGGCGGGAUCAUGUCAUUAUAGCGCAGGACCCGAAUGCAUUGUACAGGCUGAUUGAUAGGGUUAAGAACAGUAUCUUGCUUGUUUCGGAUUUCGGGCGGUUGAGGGCUGACCAAGCGUCGCUAGUUAAGGACGUCAUUGUACCAUACUCACAUAGGAUCAAUACUUAUACUGGUGACAUUGGUGUUGAGAAUCGGAAGACUUUAUUGUUCUUCAUGGGCAAUCGAUAUCGUAAAGAGGGAGGAAAGAUACGUGACAUGCUUUUCAAUAUACUUGAGCAAGAACAGGAUGUUAUAAUCAAACACGGAACACAAUCACGAGAGAGUCGGCGUGCUGCUACACAUGGGAUGCAUACAUCUAAGUUCUGCUUGAAUCCAGCUGGUGACACUCCCUCUGCGUGUCGGCUUUUUGAUUCUGUCGUGAGCUUAUGUGUACCAGUUAUUGUCAGUGAUAGUAUUGAGUUGCCUUUUGAAGAUGUUAUAGAUUACUCCAAGAUUGCAGUGUUUUUUGAUUCCGUUUCUGCUGUGAAACCUGAAUUUCUGAUUUCAAAGCUGAGGAGAAUAUCUGAAGAGAGAAUUUUGGACUAUCAGAGAGAAAUGAAAAAGAUAAAGAGGUACUUUGAGUAUACAGACUCAAAUGGCACAGUGAACGAAAUAUGGCGCCAAGUCUCACAGAAGCUACCUUUAAUUAAGCUAAUGAUUAAUCGCGAAAAGAGGGUCAUUCAUAGAGAUGGUGAUGAACCAAACUGCUCUUGUCUCUGCUCAAACCAAACUGGCAUCAGGGCCAGACUAUAGUUCUUUAUUUAUGACUUUCUGGGAGAAUCAACUACUUUUUACAAGCGGCAGGCUGGCUGCAAGACUUCGGAGUUGGAGAAAACUGAGGAUGAAGUUAUAUAUAUGCCAUGCCCUACUAGUUCCCAACCUUGAGGUAGCCAUAUUACUUAGCUAAGCUGGUUUUUUAAUCUAACGAGGUAGGUAGAGGUUGCCAUAUUUAUAGGCCUUUUCACUUAUUACUAUCUAUUCUUUACUGUUGAGAUGGUUAUGUAGAACUGACAUAGCCAUGCAUAAUCUGGUAAUAUUUGUAAUUAUUAUUAUGAUCUUUUGCUUCAUUUUUUGUGCGUUGUAUAGAAUAAGGGUCUGUUUGAUCCUUCCAUAUUAAACUGAAGUUGUUUUUCUUCAUUUUUACUUAGUUGUUGUAGGCUUGAGAUAAACAUUUGGACAUUUAGAAUAUGAUUAGUAUUGUAGAUUAUGUCUAAAUUACUCUCUCACAUUAUUUUUGGGUGGUGAUACUGGUAGCUGAAAGGAGAUUCUCAAGUGAAUGACAUAAGACUUUCUUUUGCUUA